AAAUCAGCUGUUUGCUGAAAUUUUCUCCCCGAUUGAUUCUUUUUCGUUUUGGAAUGUUUUUUUUGUGAUAGUGUGAGAUUUUUAGUCAAUAACACGCUGUAAAAAUACGUCACAGUAUAACAAUGGCAUCUAGAUUCAGUGGAGCCCUGCAACUUACCGAUUUGGAUGAUUUUAUCACUCCAUCACAAGAAUGCAUAAAACCAGUUAAAAUCGAGAAGACGAAAACAAAAACUGGCGCCAAGAUCAAAAUAGGUGAAGAUGGCUACUUUGAUAUAUCAAGUGGUCGUGAGCAGAAGCUACAGAAGGUGGAGAUCACGCUGGCGGACUGCCUCGCAUGCAGCGGCUGCAUCACGUCGGCUGAGAGUGUGCUGGUCACAAGGCAAAGCCAAGAGGAGCUUCUUAGAGUAUUCUCAGAGAAAAAGUAUACAGACAACAAAGGGGUGACGAAAAAUGUGAACCUCAUUGUGAUAUCUCUGUCACCGCAGCCCACGCUGUCCCUGGCGGCACGCUACAAGCUGACACCUGACGAGGCUGUCAGGAGGCUUGCAGGAUACUUCAAAAGUCUCGGCGCGGACCUGGUGCUGGACAUGACAAUAGCUGAAGAUCUCUCGCUGCUGGAAGCUCAGCAGGAGUUCCUCCAGCGGUACCAGGAGCACCAGAGCAAUCCCGACGGGAAACAUCUUCCGAUGCUGGCCAGCUCCUGUCCAGGUUGGGUGUGUUACGCCGAAAAAACUCACGGCAACUUCAUCCUGCCCUACAUAUCGAGCACGAAGUCGGCCCAGCAAAUAAUGGGUUCUCUGGUUAAGCAGUGGCUCUCCAAACAGUCUCAGGUGGAACCCGGCGAGGUGUACCACGUGACCUUCAUGCCGUGCUACGACAAGAAGCUGGAGGCUUCCAGGGAGGACUUCUACAGCGACAUACUGGGCUGUCACGAUGUGGACUGCGUUAUAACCGCAAUUGAGCUGGAACAAAUGCUAUCAAACAGCGGUGUGGCCCUGGGUGCCGCGCCGGCCGCCGCCCUGGACUGGCCGUGGGGCGGCGCGCGCGCCGGCGUUCACGGCCGCGGCUCGGGCUCCGGGGGGUUCGCGGACCACGUGUUCCGGGCCGCGGCGGAACAGCUGUUCGGGGAGGCGCACGCGCAACUCGUUUACAAGAACUUGAGAAAUCCCGACUUCCGCGAGGUGACCCUGGAGAAGGACGGCAAGGAAGUGCUGAGGUUCGCAAUCGCCAACGGUUUCCGGAACAUACAGAACUUGGUACAGAAACUGAAGCGGGGGAAAUCGCCGUACCACUACGUCGAGGUCAUGGCGUGUCCAUCAGGUUGUCUCAACGGCGGCGCCCAAGCGCGACCAAUUUCAGGCGAGAGCGGCCGCGAAUUGGUUUCCCAGCUUGAAAACCUCUACUCGCAGCUACCCCGGGCAAACCCGGGCGACAACAAACUAGCUAGCAAGCUGUACACCGACUGGCUGGACGGACGAGACUCGGACAAGGCUAAAGCUAUGUUACAUACAGGAUACCACGCGGUGGAGAAGACAGAUAUAGCGCUGAAUAUAAAGUGGUGAUUGGUGGCGCCAUCUGCCUUGUAACGAUAAGUUAUCAAAUGAAAUUAGGUAAAGCGUCAUUGAUGAUUUCAGCGCCUCCUUUAUUAUAACAGCAUGGUUUUUUAACUUGGCUCUUUUGAUUAAAUAAUAUUAAAAACAGGCUAGCAAGAAAGCUCUACACCUAAUUGCUGGACGGAGGAGACUUGGACAAAGCCUUGUUAUAUAUGGAACCAAUAUAGCGCUGAAUAUCACGUGGUGAUUGGUGGCGCCAUCUACAUUAUGUUACCUUUAGAUUUCUCAAAUGUAGAACGUUAUUUUCUUUGAGUUGCUAUUUUAAUUGCCUUGAUGCCUUUGUAAGUGAGCCCUAAGUGAAGUGACUUCUAGUAUAAAGUGAUUCAUACAUACAUACAUACAUAAAAUCACGCCUCUUUCCCGGAGGGGUAGGCAGAGACUACCUCUUUCCACUUGCCACGAUCUCUGCAUACUUCUUUCGCUUCGUCCACAUUCAUAACUCUCUUCAUACAAGCUCGGCGGUUUCGGGUACUUUUGACCUGACCCUUUACCAAGUGAUUCAUAUAUAUUUUUUUAAGUUUUUGAAUAUCUUUAUUCUUAGAAUAUAAAUGACACACUGUUAAUUUGUAUAUAAUGGUUUGAAACUUUAGUUAAGCGCACAAUACAUUUUGUUAAUGGUAUUUCCAAGUUUUGUUUGUGUUGAUUUAUUAUAGGUAUAUUCAAUGUAAAAUUUAGAAAAUUUAAGCAUGUACAACAUGAUUGUUAUAAGAAUAAUAUGGAACAAUAAAAUUGUUUUACGGUCUAUUUAGUAUGGCAACUAUCCUAAUUUCCAUGCGUCGAUAAAUAUUUAAUUGUUCUGUCUCAACUCGUGGUGACCUCGCGAUCGCUACAAAAGAAUUGUUAUGACUUAUGCACUGUCACUUACGCCGCGGUUAAUUUUAAGCGCGUUUAUGUAGAUUGGUACCUACUCCGAGCUCCAUAGGUGAGGGGUAAGGCUCGCUACACAUGGGUACACG